UUCCGCCAACUUUCUGUAUUCUGACAAAUCUCCCAUUGUCAAUCAAAAUUCUUCCCUCUAACCACGUCCAUUUGUUCUCCUACCAUGAAUAAUUUGAACUUGCAUUUUCAUUCUUCAUUGUAGCUAUGGGUUUUACAAUCUGGCUUUGGCAGAGUUAAACUCAUUCUUCAUAAGAACCAAUGGCGUCUUCAUUGAACAACCAACCUUCCAAGAAGUCUCUACGUAAUUCUGGAGGAGGAUCAGGAGGAGCAGGUAGUUCUCAAGGAGGAGCACGAAAUAACUCCUCUGGCGGACCUACUAUAAAGUUUGCGAGACGAACAUCAAGUGGGAGAUAUGUGAGUUUGUCUAGAGAUGACAUUGAAAUGUCAUCAGAGUUGUCAGGGGACUACAUGAACUACACUGUUCAUAUUCCCUCUACCCCAGAUAAUCAACCGACGCCGGACUCAUCUGUUGCUAUGAAAGCUGAAGAACAAUAUGUUUCAAAUUCCUUAUUUACCGGCGGAUUCAACAGUGUAACCAGAGCCCAUCUAAUGGACAAGGUGAUCGACUCAGAAGUCAGACAUCCUCAAAUGGCAGGCGCCAAAGGCUCUGCUUGUUCAAUCUGUGAUGGCAAGGUCAUGACGGAUGAGAGGGGACAUGACGUGACUCCAUGUGAGUGUAGGUACAAGAUUUGUAGAGAUUGCUUUUUAGAUGCGCAAAAAGAAACAGGUCUAUGCCCAGGUUGCAAGGAGCCAUACAAAGUAGGGGAGUAUGAGGAUGAUACUGAAGAUACCCCAGAUUAUGCUAGUGGGGCAUUGCCAUUACCUGCACCAAAUGGCUCUAAGCAGAAUCCAAACAACAUGUCUGUUAUGAAACGAAAUCAAAAUGGAGAAUUUGAUCACCAGAAGUGGUUGUUUGAGAGCCCACUUGAUUACGGGCAUGGUACUGCUAUUUGGCCCGAGGAUGAUGAUUGUGAUGAUGACCUUAAAGGAGAAGCAUUUAGUUUAUUGGAGAAGCCUUGGAAGCCUUUAAGCCGAAAAAUGCCAAUUGAAUCCCGCAUCAUGAGUCCUUACAGGAUGCUUAUUGUAAUUCGCUUCGUUGUGUUGUGCUUCUUUUUACACUGGAGAGUGGCACAUCCAAAUGAAGAUGCAAUAUGGUUGUGGCUCAUGUCAGUUACUUGUGAGAUAUGGUUUGCCUUCUCAUGGCUACUUGAUCAAGUUCCCAAGCUUUGUCCUAUCAACCGUACCACUGAUCUAUCCGUCCUUCACGAGAAAUUCGAUAGUCCGUCUCCAGACAAUCCCACAGGGCGAUCAGAUCUACCCGGCGUCGACCUCUUCGUGUCCACCGCGGAUCCGGAGAAGGAGCCACCUCUAGUCACUGCCAAUACCAUUCUUUCUAUACUAGCAGUUGAUUACCCGGUGGAGAAACUGGCGUGUUACGUUUCUGAUGAUGGAGGUGCUCUCUUGACUUUCGAAGCCAUGGCUGAGGCUGCGAGCUUUGCUAACUUAUGGGUUCCCUUUUGUCGAAAACACAACAUUGAGCCGAGGAAUCCGGAGAGUUACUUCAGCUUGAAAGUUGAUCCCACCAAGAACAAAAGCAGAACAGAUUUUGUCAAGGACAGGAGAAGGGUGAAGAGGGAGUAUGAUGAGUUCAAAGUGCGCAUCAAUGGCCUUCCGGAUUCCAUAAGGAGAAGAUCUGAUGCAUUUAAUGCAAGAGAGGAAAUGAAGAUGAUGAAGCAUCUCAAGGAGAAAGGGGCUGACCCUUCUGAGCCUAUCAAAGUAUUGAAGGCAACUUGGAUGGCUGAUGGCACCCAUUGGCCUGGAACAUGGGCUUCUCCUUCUAGUGAACAUGCCAAAGGUGACCAUGCGGGAAUUCUUCAGGUGAUGCUAAAGCCGCCAAGUCCUGAUCCGUUAUUGGGGAGGGCGGAAGACAAGAUUAUAGACUUCACAGAGGUUGAUACACGCCUGCCAAUGUUUGCAUAUGUGUCCCGAGAAAAGCGACCAGGUUAUGAUCAUAACAAGAAAGCAGGUGCAAUGAAUGCACUUGUUCGAGCAUCUGCUAUUCUAUCAAACGGGCCAUUCAUUCUCAACCUAGACUGUGAUCACUACAUCUACAACUGCAGGGCAAUACGAGAAGGAAUGUGCUUCAUGAUGGACAGAGGUGGCGAGGACAUAUGUUACAUUCAGUUCCCACAAAGAUUUGAAGGCAUUGAUCCCUCAGACAGUUCCUAUUUGUUCUGGUUCCGUUAUGGUAGGUACGCGAAUCACAACACCGUGUUCUUCGAUGGGAACAUGCGAGCUCUUGACGGUGUCCAAGGUCCAGUCUACGUGGGAACAGGAUGCAUGUUCAGGAGGUUUGCAUUGUACGGCUUCGACCCUCCGUUAAUAGAUGAGAAGGAGACGAAAAAAAAUCCUAAAGAGAGUAGUGAAGCAGCCUCUGAUAGACCUGCGUUGAAUGCUAGCGAGUUUGAUCCAGAUCUAGACAUGAACCUACUUCCUAAGCGGUUUGGUAAUUCAACCAUGUUGUCUGAGAGCAUACCUGUGUCUGAGUACCAAGGUCGUCCUCUUGCUGAUCAUCCUGCAGUCAAGUAUGGACGCCCACCUGGUGUUCUUAGGGAACCUCGCGAACCGCUCGAUGCCAGCACUGUGGCUGAAGCAGUCUCUGUCAUUUCCUGCUGGUAUGAAGACAAGACUGAAUGGGGAGAUAGAGUGGGAUGGAUUUAUGGUUCAGUGACAGAAGAUGUGGUGACAGGGUAUCGCAUGCAUAACCGUGGCUGGCGUUCUGUGUAUUGCAUAACCAAGAGAGAUGCAUUUCGUGGAUCAGCUCCAAUUAACCUCACAGAUCGAUUGCACCAGGUCUUACGAUGGGCCACAGGUUCUGUUGAAAUCUUCUUCUCAAAGAACAACGCAUUCCUUGCUAGUAAGCGCCUUAAAAUUCUCCAACGUCUUGCUUACCUCAACGUUGGCAUCUACCCCUUCACCUCCAUCUUCCUCGUCGUCUAUUGCUUCCUCCCUGCGCUCUCCUUGUUCUCCGGUUUCUUCAUUGUCCAAACUCUCAGCAUAGCCUUCUUAAUCUACUUGCUCACCAUCACUGUAUGCUUAAUCCUGCUUGCCCUUCUUGAGGUUAAAUGGUCAGGCGUCGAGUUGGAGCAAUGGUGGAGGAAUGAACAGUUUUGGCUCAUUUCUGGCACCAGUGCUCACUUGGCUGCUGUGGUGCAAGGGCUCCUUAAAGUCAUGGCUGGUAUUGAGAUUUCUUUUACUUUGACAUCCAAAUCAGGAGGUGAAGAAGAUGAAGACAUGUUUGCUGAUCUGUAUAUAGUCAAGUGGAGCUCCUUGAUGAUUCCACCGAUUGUUAUUGCCAUGAUGAACGUCAUUGGCAUCGCGGUCGCAUUUUCGAGAACCAUUUACAGUGCGAAUCCUCAGUGGAGCAAGUUCAUCGGAGGAGCAUUCUUCAGUUUCUGGGUGCUUGCUCAUUUGUAUCCGUUCGCGAAAGGUUUGAUGGGGAAGAGAGGGAAGACACCCACCAUUGUGUUCGUUUGGUCUGGUCUUAUUGCAAUCACGCUUUCUCUACUUUGGAUUGCAAUUAGCCCACCCAAAGGUGCCGAAGGACAAGGUGUUGGAGGAGAUUUCCAAUUCCCAUGAAAUUAAUGCUAGCUUCCAUUUCAUUCACCUUAAUAUAUGUAUGUAACACUAAUAUGCUUCUGUAAACUUCUAUAUCAUGUAACUUUUAGUAUUUAGAUGUAUACUUUAGUGAGUUACUUUCAUUCAA